AUGAAGUUGUCUAUCUUUGCCAUUGCCGCUGCCGUUGCGGCCGUCCGGGGGCUCCCAGCCACGACCGCCGAGACGCGGGCCGUAGCAGCCGACAAGUUCCCGUCGGCAGACGGGACCCUGUUCAACAUCGACGGCAAAACCAAAUACUACGCCGGCAGCAACUCGUACUGGAUCUCGUUCCUGACCAACGACGCCGACGUCGAGCUGGUGAUGAGCCACUUCGCCGAUGCCGGCCUCAAGAUCUUCAGGAUCUGGGGCUUCAACGACGUCAACAACGAGGGAUCAGGAGUGUGGUUCCAGUCGCUGUCAGCGUCGGGCUCACGCAUCAACACGGGUGCCAACGGCCUGCAGCGCCUCGACGCUGUGGUGGCGGCGGCCGAGAAGCACGGCGUCAAGCUCAUCAUCCCCUUUGUCAACUACUGGGACGACUACGGUGGCAUGAAUGCAUACGUCCAGGCAUUUGGCGGGUCGAAGACUGGCUGGUACACCAACGCCAAGGCCCAGACGCAGUACCAGGCGUACAUCAAGGCUGUGGUCAGCCGGUACCUCAACUCCCCCGCCAUCUUCGCGUGGGAGCUCGCGAACGAGCCCAGGUGUAACGGCUGCAGCACCGACGUUAUCUACAAGUGGGCCGAGACGACUUCCGCCUACGUCAAGUCUCUGGAUCCGAACCACAUGGUGACUCUGGGCGACGAGGGAAUGGGUCUGCCCGGCGACUCGUCGUACGCGUACCAGUACUCGGAGGGAACCGACUUUGUCAAGAAUCUUCAGAUCAAGAAUCUCGACUUUGGGACAUUCCAUUUCUAUCCCGGAUCGUGGAGUAUGGACACCUCCUCCGGCCCGGCCUGGUCCAAGGCUCACGCCGAUGCUUGCGCGGCGGCCGGCAAGCCCUGCCUCUUCGAAGAGUAUGGCGUCUCCAACAACCACUGCGCGAUAGAGAAACCGUGGCAAGAGGCUUCGCGGACCCAGAAAGGCAUGGCGGGCGACCUCUUCUGGCAAUGGGGCGACAGACUGAGCUCGGGUCAAACGCACGAUGAUGGCAACACUAUCUACUAUGGGACCAGCGACUUCACGUGCCUGGUCACUGAUCAUCCACAAAUUGUGGCUGCUCAGGCGAAGACCAAGAUCAUGGCACUGGGUGAUUCGAUCACGGGCAGCCCUGGUUGUUGGCGGGCAUUGCUCUGGCGAAAGCUCCAGACUGCAGGGAUUACGAACACGGACUUUGUCGGGACGCUGCCUGCCCAAGGGUGCGGAUUCACCUACGACGGUGAAAACGAAGGACACGGCGGGUUCCUUGCCGUCAACAUUGCCCAGCAGAAUCAGCUGCCUGGUUGGCUGUCCCAAACGAAACCCGACAUCGUCAUGAUGCACCUCGGCACCAACGACGUCUGGAACAACAAGAGUCCCACCGAGAUUCUGGCCGCUUUCGAUACUCUGGUCAAGCAGAUGCGUGCCAGCAAGAGCACCAUGAAGAUUCUAGUCGCACAGAUUAUCCCCAUGAGUCCGUCCAACUGCGCGGACUGCGGUCAGAGGGUCAUCAACCUGAACAAGGCCAUAGCCACUUGGGGACCAACCGUGUCGACUGCGGAGAGUCCCCUUACGGUGGUGGAUUGUUGGACGGGAUUCAACUCUCAAAGCAUGACUGUCGAUGGAGUCCAUCCAAACGACCAAGGAAACGAGGUGAUGGCGAAUUGUUGGCUAGGCCCUCUUGAAAAGGCGCUUCAAAGUUAA